AUGGUUUUUUAUAUUUCUGAAGAUUUAAAAAAAUCAAAAGGUUGUGUAAUAACUAGAUCAAUAAGUUUGGGAAGAGAAUAUAUUGAUAUUAGAAGAGAAAAUUUUAAAAUUAGUAAAAAUGCAAUCAGUGAUAAAGUGGAAAGUAGAAAAAAUUUUGUGAAUUUUGCUAGUUUUAAAGAUGAUAAAAUUAAUUUUGAUGAUUUUGGUGUACUAGUAAAAUUAAAAGAAUUAAAUAAUAAACAAAUAAGUGUAAAACAAAUUAAAGAAUUACUAGAAAAAGAACAAAAAAAAAAAAAAAAAGAUAGUGAAGGAGAAAUUGCUAGUGAUAAGGAGAAAGAAUAUAUAUUAAAAAAAAAUAAAAAAAAAGAUAAAAUGGAAUCUUAUAGUGAAAUGUCAUUUAAUAACAACACACAUAUUUUAAAUAUUGAAUGUGAUAGAGAACUUAGAAAAAAUAAAGGGUCUAAUGAAGAAGAAAAAAAAAAAGAAUUCAAAAUGAACAAUAAAAAAAUAGAAAUUAUUACAGAGGAAAAUAAAAGAAAAAAAAUAAAUAGUGUUUUUAAUGAGUUUAAUGACAUAGAAGAAAAUAAAAGGAGAAAUGAGGAAAAAGAAGAAAUAGAACAAAUAAAGGAGCUAGAGGAACUAGAAAAAACAGAAAAAAGAAAAGAAAAAAGGUCAAGUGAAGAUGUACAUAAAAUAAUGAAAAGGGAAGAAGAGAAAAGUAAAAAAUGUGAUCAUGAAAUGAAAAAUGAGGAAAAAAAAGAAAGUAACAAAAAUCAAGAAGAUUAUAAAGAAAAAAUGAAAAAAUUAAAGAUUCAUGAAAAUGAAAUUAGUGAAUUUGAUGAUGAGAAUAGUAAUAUAAAAAAGAUUUUUAUUGAUACAAAAAAAGAAAAUAAUAUGAGUAAAAAUAAGGAUGUAAUUGGUAAUAAUAAUAAUUUGGGAAUUGAAAGUAAUAAAUGUGAAAAUGGUGCUAAAAAAGAAUAUAUUAAAUAUAAUGAAGAGAAUUUAGAAGAAAAAAAGUUAUUUCAAGAUAUAAAUACGUAUGCACAGUAUAAAACUUGUAAUCAACAAGAUAUAAUAUUAAAAAAUUUUAAUAAAGCAAAUAAUUUAAAUGAUAAAAAAGUAGCAGAAAAUAAAGCUAUUAAAAAAACUAUAUACGAAAAUUUGUUAGAAAGUAAUAUAUCAUUUAAUAGAAGAAAAAGAAAAAAUGUAGAAGAAGAAAAUUUACAAUAUGAAAAUAAUAAUAGCAGUAGUAAUUUCAAUAAUAAUAUUGAGAGUAAUAUGAGUGACGUUAUUAGUGAUGUUAAUAAUAAUAACAAUAGUAAUAACCUUCAUUUUAAUAAUAAUAAUUAUGUAAAUAAUGAUGAUAAUAAUAAAAUUAAUAACCAUAAUUUUAAUAGUAAUGUCCUUCAUGAUAUUAAUAAUUAUUGUAACAAUAGUAGUACUAAUAAUAAUUGUAAUGAUGGUAUUAGCAGCAAUAAUAAUAAUAAUAAUAAUAAUAAUAAUAAUAAUAAUAAUAAUAAUAAUAAUAAUAAUAAUAAUGAUGGUUAUAAUAAUAAUAAUAAUAAUAAUAAUGAUGGUUAUAAUAAUAAUAAUAAUAAUAAUAAUAAUAAUAAUAAUAAUAAUAAUAAUAAUGGUUAUAAUAAUAAUAAUAAUAAUGGUGAUGAUGAUGAUAAUAAUAAUAAGAAUAAUAAUAAUAAUAAUAAUAACAAUUAUAAUGGUGAUGAUGAUGAUGAUGAUGAUAAUAAUAAUAAUAAUAAUAAUAAUAAUUUUGAUAAUAAAGAUAAUAUUAAUGAAAAUAAUAAUAAUUAUAAUAGCGAUAAAAUUAAAGGUAAUGAUAAUGGUUAUAAUGAUAAUAAUAAUAAUUUUGAUAAUAACUAUAAUAUUGUAGGUAAUAAUAAUGAUGAUAAUAAUAAUAAUAAUCAUAAUGAUAAUAUUAAUGAAAAUAAUAAUAAUUAUAAUAACGACAAUAUUAAGGGUAAUGAUAAUGAUGAUGACAAUAAUAAUAAUAGUAAUAUUAAUGAUAAUAAAUAUUAUCAUAAUUUUAAUAAUAACAAUGAUAAAAAUAAUAUUGAUAAUAAUAACAAUAAUGAUCAUAAUAAGGAUUAUGAUAAUAAUGAUGCUCAUAAUAAUAUGGAUAAUGAAGAUGAUGAUUAUGAUAAUAAUAAUAAUUAUAACAAUAACAAUAAUAUUAAAGAUGAUUAUAAUAAUAAAGAUAUUGAUAAUUUUAAUAGAAAUAAUAGUAAUAGUAAUAAGUCUCCUGCAACUAAAACAAAUGAAAAAAAUGCAAACAGUAAAAGUAAUAUAAAAUCUAAAAAUAAUAGAAGUAAAAAGAAUAAGAAGCCUAGUAAUAAAAUAAAUGCCAUUAUUAAUGUUUCUAAAAGUAUAAAUAAAAAUAAUAAUGUGAAAAACGGAAAUUCAGCAAAAAUUAAUUCAUCUGUUUCUCAAAGCAUUGAAAAAAAAGUUAAUACAUCAAAUGAUCAUUUAGAAGUUACUAAUAUACAAAAAUUGAAAAAUUCUUCAGGAACAAAUUUUAAUAAUCAAAGUAGCAAAGUUACAACUACUAAUAUCAACGAUAAUAACAAUUUUAGUAAUUAUCCAACUCGUUUUAAUGAAAAAUACGAACAUCAAGAGGAACCAGAACAAAAGAAAAGAAAAAAGAGAGUAACAGAAGAGGGCUCAAAAGAAAGUAGCAGAAUAAAUGUAGGGGAUAAUUACCAAGUUUCAAGAUUACCAACUUUUUUUUUAUGUCGUUCAGAAUUAAUGUACAAAAAUUAUGAUACAAACGACGAGUUAAAUGAUCAAAUUUGCCUAUCUUGUUCAGGUUUACCAUGCCAUUGUAAGGUUGGUGAAGCUACUUUGGUUUAUUCCCCUUUAAUGUUAGAGAGAGUGAGAGAAAGAUGUUUAAAAAAUAGAGGUUAUCAUAAAUGUGUUAAAAAUGAAAUAGAAUUAUCAGCCUACGUUCAAGAAUGUGCAAAAAGUUGGAAAUCAAAUAUAGAUGAAUGGGUUCCUUUUUCUCCUGAAUAUGCAUAUAAAUUGCUACACUAUGCAAAUUACGAUCCACAUAAAGCAAUAAGUAUUAUGAAUUCGUCAGAAUUUUCCUUUAGAAAAAUAAUGGAUCCUCCAACAAGAAAAUAUCAAAAUAAAUGGAAACCAAAAGAUAAGAGGGAACACAUUUCCAAAAAUCCAUUCCCAUCACCUUUAACUAUAAGAACAUAUUUAUCAAAAAGACAUCAUAAUAGUGGAUAUCAUUUAAGAUAA